CGGAAGAGCCCAUUCCUCUUGUUAUCCGGUUUUCUUCCUGGAUCCUUCGAUAGGUGAUUCGUCUUCGUCAUCGGCAUUAUCACAUCGUUCAGAGUGUAGUUGCCAGCAGUGGUGGAUACCCAUCGUGAGUGUACAAGUUGCAGAUUAGUUUGGAUUUCGCGUAGCUGGUCACUGGAGUCGAGUCUAUCAGGUGCUCAGCGAUGGUGUGUUAUGAGAGCGGGGCAAUGCGGUCUGGGUGUCAGAAACAAGCUGGACCUGCUAUCCUGUCAUCAGACAUUACCUUACGAUAAAAAUCGACUUGGAGAUAUUAAUGGUUGCUUUUCAAAAAAUUACACAGGAAUUUUUCGAACGUUGCAGAACAGUUGUGACGAUCGAUUAGAUUUAUAGUGACGUGCAUGGGCAUCUUGCGUGCGGUUCAGUUUCAGACGCUGAGAGGGAGGUGGUCGGCAAUCGCGGCCAGCUCAUGUGUGUAACUUGGCGAUCGGUCCCUGGAAGAGGAGCUUGUGAACGUCGUCUUCUGAGAUGGAUGGCCUAAUCGGGCCGAUGCCUCAGUGCCCUGCGGAGAAGGCGUGCUUGAAAUGGGUGCAAAAGUACCUCUUGGAUUGCGUGUGCAGCACCCGGGACAGAUUUUCUCUGGCCCUCGGCUUGAUGAGUGUGUUCAGCUGGGGCGUGGCUGAAGUGCCACAGAUACUCACAAACUUCCGAGAGAAGUCCACUGAGGGAGUCUCAUUGGCCUUCUUGAUGACGUGGGUCAUUGGAGAUGUCUUCAACUUCAUGGGUUGCUAUUUGGAGCCAGCCACGCUACCAACUCAACUUUACAUGGCCAUUCUCUACACAUUGACGACGAUUAUUCUGGUGCUGCAAACGAUCUAUUACGAUCGUCUCAAUGCCUUGUGGAGACGAGAUCGGGUGCGGUCCGUGGACGACCUCUUUCCAGAGCUCAAGAAAGACUUGGAGGCGCAGAAACCGAUUCCAAUCUCAGAGUGUGCAAACGAAGGUCCUGAAUCCGCUUCAACGCCAGCUUCCAGCCAGCCAGCAUCCAUCGGUGUGCCUCACCACCAUCACCGUGCAACCUCCCCUGGAAGCAGAGACCACUUAUACCUUCAAUCUGCAAGGUCUCUAGCCAGCAGCCACGCCCAACCAAUCGGCUCAUACAAGCUCUCAGGGUCAAGAGGGUCUACAGGCCGCCAUGGUCAUCACAGCUACUUGCUCACGCAGGAAGACUUCACCGAGACGCCAGCUUUGGCUGGAUCUCAUCCCCGCCGAGCUUCUCCAGUUUCACUCUCGUCUUCGACGCUGCGAACGAUGACCUCGGGUGUGCUGAUGGUUGGCACCUUGGGAUUGAGCCUGUACACAACUCGCCGCGUGACUGGUGGCCCCACUAUCGGCACAACCCACAUUAGCCAUAACGCUCACAGUUUUGGUGAUCAUUUUCUCGGAGAGGAGCCUUCUCCUCUUGGUGAAGUGUUUGGCUGGAUCAUGGCAUGUAUCUACAUGGGCGGUCGUCUCCCUCAAAUCUGGCUUAAUAUCAAGAGGGGCACAGUAGAGGGUCUAAACCCGCUCAUGUUUGCGUUUGCACUGUUGGGCAAUGCAACGUAUGUGGGAAGCAUUCUGGUUCGGAGCAUGGAUUGGCAACAGGCGUUGAAGCCCAACUUGGCGUGGCUUGUGGAUGCUGCUGUGUGUGUCAUCCUUGACAUUUUUAUAUUGUGCCAAUUCAUAUACUAUUACUCGAAGAUGGAGGAUGAUAAAUCAUCAUCAGAAGAAGAGUCAUGGCCCUACAAGCCCCUCAACUAGCUCAAUUAUGUUGCAGCUUUGUAACGACUCAAAGUUUUUGCUUUAGUAGAAUAAAUUCAAUAUGAAAUGAGGUGUAGAACUUGAAACUCUUAAUAUUAGAUUUCUAGAGCAUAGAGAUCAAUGACAUCGAGUGAAGUUCAGAUGACCUGUUGACGAAUAUCUUUUGAUCUGCACUCAGAGCAACGGCUUGUAUAGCUCAUGUUUUUUGAAAUGCCAGAUCUUUACCACAAACACUUGAAAAUUUUGCUCUUCUGUAAACUGGGCUUUUUUCUGAAGCGUAAUCUCUUAAAAGAGUUCUGUACUUUCUAA